CCCUCACUCUCCAUCUCCCUCGGUGGAAAUCACAUUCCACAGACCCUAGGGUUUGGUUAAUGCCUUGUUUUUUCUGCCCUUAGCCUUUGUUUUCCCACUCUCGUUACCCUGUUCUUGUCGUCCCUUAUUUUUUUUUUCCCGCUCCCCACGAUCGCUUGUCUGGGUGGGACGUUCAAGCCUCACCUUACGUUCGCUUCGUCUGGACCCUGAAAGUGGAACAGAGAAAUAAAGAAACUCGGAACAUUUGAAGAAUAAUCCGGCCCCUGCCAUGACCCUCCGCCGCGAGAGGCCUGCCCGUUGAGCAACACGCCGAGCCCAGCAUUCCAGUCGGCGAACUGACCAGGUUUCGCGCCUGUCCUUGGCCAACACCCGGAAUCCCAUCGUCGUUCGGUCGAAAGAUAUCUGGUUAAAGGCUUCCAGGACCUGUGAGACCUUUGCUGAAUCGACAGAACCUCCCAACCAUGGCUGGGAGCGCCCCCUCGUACGCGCAGUCGUCCCUCCCGUCGCUGCCCGCCCACCUGCAGUCCGACACCCAUUUGACGGCCCAUCUCGCCAGCAGGUUUCAUGUCGGUCUGCCCACUGCCCGUCUGUCGUCGCAGGCGUUGAUCAGUUUCAAUACAUAUACCUCCUCCGCCAAGGGUCCGGAUGGCGGCAAGGAAGGGAGUGCCAUGGGCGAGGCCGAGGAUCUGGCCAAGCGUGCCUUUACCAGACUCGGCGCUCGUGCCGAGAACCAGGCAAUCGUGUUUCUUGGAGAGAGUGGUGCGGGCAAGACCACCAUCCGAUCACAUCUCCUGUCCUCCUUCUUGUCCUUCUCCUCCACGCCUCUCUCCGCCAAACUCUCCUAUGCCGCCUUUCUGUUCGAUACCUUGACCACCACCAAGUCCGCCACCACCCCGACCGCCUCCAAGGCUGGCCUCUUCCUCGAGCUGCAGUACGACGGUUCUUCCUCCGUCAACCCCACCCUGAUCGGUGGCAAGAUCAUCGACCACCGUCUUGAACGCAGUCGUAUCGCCUCCGUCCCCACCGGCGAGCGAAGUUUCCAUGUCCUCUACUAUCUUCUGGCCGGCACCAGUGCCGCCGAAAAGGCUCACCUGGGCUUCGACACCUCGGUCAGCGUCAGCACCUCUGGCGGCCGCCUCUCCUCCGGCUCCAUCGGCCACAAGCGGUGGCGCUAUCUCGGCCAUCCCACCCAGCUCAAGGUCGGCAUCAACGACCAUGAAGGCUUUCAGCACUUCAAGACCGCCCUGCGCAAGCUCGAGUUCCCCCGCAGCGAGAUCGCCGAGAUCUGUCAGAUCCUCGCCAGCAUCCUGCACAUCGGUCAGCUCGAGUUUGCCAGCGGCCAGUCCACCACCACCUCCGCCGAGGAGAGCGGCGGCUAUUCGCACGAGGGCGGCGAGACCGUCACCGUCGUCAAGAACAAGGACGUCCUGGCCAACGUCGCCGCCUUCCUCGGCCUCGCCGUCGAGGAUCUCGAGAACAGCCUGGGCUACCGCUCCAAGACCAUCCGCCGCGAGCGCGUCACCAUCAUGCUGGACCCGCAGGGCGCUCGCCAGAACGCUGAUGAUCUCGCCCGCACCAUCUAUUCCCUGCUGGUCGCCUACAUCAUCGAAACCGUCAACCAGCGCAUCUGCGCCGCCGAGGAGAGCGUCGCCAACACCAUCUCCAUCGUCGACUUCCCGGGAUUCGCCCAAGCCUCCGCCACCGGCUCCGUCCUCGACCAGUUGCUCAGCAAUGCCGCCACCGAGUCGCUCUACAACUUCUGCCUGCAGACCUUCUUCGAUCGCAAGGCCGACAUGCUCGAACGUGAGGAGGUCGCCGUCGCCGCCACCAGCUAUUUCGAUAACACCGAUGCCGUCCGCGGCCUGCUGAAGCACAGCAACGGCCUCCUCAGCAUCCUCGAUGACCAGACCCGCCGCGGCCGCUCCGACACCCAGUUCCUCGAGAGUGUCAAGAAGCGCUUUGCCAACAAGAACCCCGCCAUCGCCGUCGGCAAUGCUUCCAGUGAGCAUCGCCACAGCGGCGGCAAGUACCCCUCCCCGCUCACCACCUCCGCCUUCACCGUCAAGCAUUUCGCCGGGGAGGUCGACUACCCCGUCCAUGGCCUGGUCGAGGAAAACGGCGAUGUCAUCUCCAGCGAUCUGAUGAACCUCAUCCAGCGCACCCGCAGUGACUUUGUGCGCGAGCUGUUUGGCCAGGAGGCCCUGCAAAAGGUCACCCACCCCCACGAAAAGACCGCCAUCAUGCAGGCCUCGGUCAGUUCCAAGCCCAUGCGCAUGCCGAGCAUGGUCAAGCGGAAAAGCCACCGCGCCACCUCGGCCGGACGCCUACCCGCCCCGGAACCUUCACUCGCGGGCAGCGAAGAUGCUGUCUCGGAAUACGAGAGUCAGACCAGCAGCACCCGCAAGUCCGGAGGAGCUACCCGUCGCAAGAGUGGCGGCGGCGGCGGCGGCGGCGGCGCUCUGGCCGGGACCGUGCAGGGGGUCGCCGGCCAGUUCCUCUCCUCCCUGGACAUCGUGAACAAGUGCCUGAGCUCCCCCAACCUGAACCCGUACUUUGUCUUCUGCCUGAAACCCAACGACCGCCGCAUCGCCAACCAAUUCGACAGCAAGUGCGUCCGCGCCCAGGUGCAGACCUUUGGCAUCACCGAGAUCAGUCAGCGUCUCCGAAACGCCGACUUCACCGUCUUUCUCCCCUUUGCCGAGUUUCUCGGCCUCGCCGAGAUCGGCAGCCUGGUCGUCGGGAGUGACCGCGAGAAAUCCGAGGUCGUCCUGGACGAACGGCGCUGGCCCGGAAACGAGGCCCGCGUCGGCAGCACAGGAGUCUUCCUCAGCGAACGCUGUUGGGCCGAUCUCGCCAAGGUCGGCGAACGUGUCGUCCCCGUCUAUCCCGUGGAGGGAGCCGGCGGCGAUGGCAAUGGCAUGCUCCACCCACGCGACGCAGCCGCCGCCCCGGCCGCCUACAACGACUCCAAGGUCCGUCUGCUUGCGGCCGGCGAUGGGGACCACACCCCCGGGGCGUUCAUCUACGGCGAUGAGAGCAAGCAGGGGGGUUACUUUGGCAGCCGCGAGCUCGACGGCCGAUCCGAGGCGGGCGGCUCGGCCAUCAACUCGGGCGAUAUGUUCCGCAACUUCGAGACCCGUGAACAGAUGCUCGAAAAGGGCAACGAGAAGCAGAUGGAAGAGGUCGACGAUGUGCCGGUCUCGACGGCGCGCAAGCGCUGGAUGGCCCUGGUCUGGAUGCUGACCUUUUACAUCCCCAACUUCUUCAUCAGAUUCUUCGGCCGCAAGAAGCGCAAGGACAUCCAGCUGGCCUGGCGCGAGAAGCUGGCCAUCAACCUGAUCAUCUGGAUCAGCUGUGGCGCCGCCAUCUUCGUCAUUGUCGCCCUGCCUGACCUCAUCUGUCCCACGCAGGAUGUCUUCACCACCGCGGAGCUGUCCAGCCACAACGGCAAGAACGGCCACAGCUCCUAUGUGGCCAUCCGGGGGGUCGUCUUCAACCUGGGCUCCUUCAUGCCCGCCCAUUACCCCAGCGUCGUCCCCGAAACGGCGCUGAAGAAGUUCGCCGGCGUCGACGCCACCGACCUGUUCCCCGUGCAGGUGUCGGCGCUCUGCCAGGGCACCUCGGGCUCGAUCAGUCCGACCGUGCUGCUGGACUACACUUCGACCAACGACUCCAGCUCCACCACCUCCAGUGCCGCGGUCGAGUACUCCGUCUACCACGACUUCCGCUAUUUCACCAACCUCUCCCAGCCGGACUGGUUCUACGAGCAGAUGGUCUACCUCAAAGCCAACUACUUCAAGGGUUACAUGGGCUACACCCCGGCGGAACUCAAGCUCCUGGCCAAGGACAAGUCGACCGUGGGCAGCAUCGACGGCAAGGUGUACGACCUGACCACCUAUGUUGCCGGGGGCCGUCGUACCGCGGCACCGCCCGGCAAGACCGUCCCGGCGGACGUCGACACCAACUUCAUGAGUGACAAGGUCAUCUCCAUGUUCGAAGAGCAGACCGGGAAAGAUCUGACCAAGUAUUGGAACGAACUGGACAUCUCCCUGGAGAUGCGGGCGCGGAUGCAGCUGUGCCUGGACAAUCUGUUCUUCGUCGGGCACGUCGACACGCGAAACUCGCCGAAAUGUCUCUUCGCCCGCUACUUCCUGCUCUCGCUGACCCUCUGUGUCUGCUCGGUGGUGCUGUUCAAGUUCUUUGCCGCGUUGCAGUUUGGCAGCAGGAACAUCCCCGAGAACCUGGACAAGUUCGUCAUCUGCCAGGUGCCCGCGUACACGGAGGACGAAGAGUCUCUGCGCCGUGCCAUCGACUCCAUGGCGCGCAUGCAGUACGACGACAAACGCAAGCUGCUGGUCGUCAUCUGCGACGGCAUGAUCAUCGGGCAGGGCAACGACCGCCCCACGCCGCGCAUCGUGCUGGACGUGCUGGGCGUGCCGGACACGGUCGACCCGGAGCCGCUCAGCUUCGAGAGUCUGGGCGAAGGGCUGAAGCAGCACAACAUGGCGAAAGUCUACUCGGGCCUGUACGAGGUGCAGGGUCACAUCGUCCCCUACCUCGUCGUGGUCAAGGUGGGCAAACCGUCCGAGGUGUCGCGGCCGGGCAACCGCGGCAAGCGAGACUCGCAGAUGAUCCUGAUGCGGUUCCUGAACCGGGUGCACUACAACCUCCCUAUGAGUCCCAUGGAGCUGGAGAUGCACCAUCAGAUCCGCAACAUCAUCGGCGUCAACCCGACCUUCUACGAGUUCAUCCUGCAGGUCGACGCCGACACGGUCGUGGCGCCGGACUCGGCCACGCGCAUGGUGGCCGCCUUCCUCGACGACACGCGCCUGAUCGGCGUGUGCGGCGAGACCUCGCUGACCAACGCCAAGACGUCGAUCGUCACCAUGAUCCAGGUGUACGAGUACUACAUCUCGCACAACCUGACCAAGGCGUUUGAGUCGCUGUUCGGGUCCGUGACGUGUCUGCCGGGUUGCUUCAGUAUGUACCGGAUCCGCUCGUCCGAGUCCGGCAAGCCGCUGUUCGUCAGCAAGGAGAUCUGCGAGUCCUACUCGGAGAUCCGCGUUGACACGCUGCACAUGAAGAACCUGCUGCACCUGGGCGAGGACCGAUACCUGACGACGAUCCUGAUGCGGCACCAUCCGAAAUACAAGACCAAGUACAUCUUCAACGCGCAUGCGUGGACGAUCGCGCCCGAGAGCUGGGCGGUCUUCCUGUCGCAGCGGCGGCGCUGGAUCAACUCGACCGUGCACAACCUGAUCGAGCUGAUCCCGCUGGCGGAGAUGUGCGGCUUCUGCUGCUUCAGCAUGCGGUUCAUCGUCUUCGUCGACCUGCUCUCCACCAUCAUCCAGCCCGUGACCCUCGCCUACAUCGUCUACCUGAUCGUCUGGCUCAUCCGCGACACCACCGUCGUUCCCUGGACCACCUUCGCCCUGCUGGGUGCCAUCUACGGUCUCCAGGCCAUCAUCUUCCUGCUGCGCCGCAAGUGGGAGAUGGUCGGCUGGAUGAUCAUCUACAUCCUCGCCAUGCCCGUGUUCUCCCUCGCCGUCCCCCUCUACGCCUUCUGGCACAUGGACGACUUCAGCUGGGGUACCACCCGCGUCAUCACGGGAGAAAAGGGCCGCAAGGUCGUCAUCUCAGACGAGGGCAAGUUCGACCCGGCCUCCAUCCCCAAGAAACGCUGGGAAGAGUACCAGGCCGAACUGUGGGAGGCCCAUUCCCAGCGUGACGACCGCUCCGAAGUCUCGGGCUACUCGUACGUCACCAAAUCCUACCAUCCCGCCCAAUCCGAAUACGGCUUCGGUGCUGCCGCUGGUACAGGUGCAGGCCACCACCAUCCCCCUUCCCGCCCCAUGUCGCAGCUCGACCUACCCCGUCUCAGCUCGCGCAUGUCCUUUGGCGCCUCCGAAGUGAUGAGCCAGCAUAAUAUGGACAUGGAGCUCGACGACCUCGCCCAUCUCCCCUCCGACGACGCCAUCCUCACCGAGAUCCGCGAGAUCCUCCGCACCGCAGAUCUGAUGACCGUCACCAAGAAGAGUAUCAAGACGGAGCUCGAGCGGCGCUUCGGCGUCAACCUCGACAUCAAGCGGCCAUAUAUCAACUCAGGUAUUCCAUUCUUUCAAUCCUUUUUCUUCUCUUCAUCUGUGUCAUCUGCUAAUUAAACCGUCUAGCCACCGAAGCUAUUCUCUCUGGCGGGCUUUAAUGCAAUCCAUCCAUGUCCCGGCGUACGGUUCGCAUCAUGACAGCGUU